AGUCAUUCGUUCGGAUACACUGUGCAAAAAGGAUGGUUCACUCAUUGCUAUAGCAAAAUGUAUCUCUUGCAGAAUUUAAUUUAUUUUUUGCUUGGGUCAAUCAAUCCAAGCCGAGGACCAAGAAUUACCAUUAAGCAGGGUACCCUGGUAGGUACUGUAAUGGAGUCCCAGAAUGGAAGCAAGUUUUAUUCUUUUCAAGGGAUACCAUACGCGGCCGCACCAGUAGGAAAACUUCGAUUUCAGAACCCUACAAAACCUCCAAGGUGGACCGGAGAUUUCAUGGCGGUAAAAGAAGGCAAUGAGUGCAUUCAAAAAAAUGUCGUUUUCCCUUGGAUUACAGGCGCAGAAGAUUGUUUGUAUCUAAAUGUUUACACACCAAGUGUGCACGAAAAUAAUAAUCUUCCAGUGAUGGUAUGGAUACACGGAGGAGGUUUUUCGCAAGGUUCAGGAGGCGCAUUUUUAUACGGCCCACAAUUUCUUUUAAACCAUCAAGUUGUUCUUGUUACUUUUAACUACCGACUGGGCAUGUUGGGUUUUCUCAAUAUGGGAACCCCAGAGAUAUCUGGAAAUUACGGUUUGAAAGACCAAGUCGCCGUCUUGAAAUGGGUGCAAGAAAAUAUUAGGUAUUUUGGAGGAAAUCCAAAGUUGGUCACAAUUUUUGGCGAAAGCGCGGGAGCUGCUAGUGUUCAUUACUUGCUAGUGUCACCCCUUGCUAAAGGCUUGUUUAGCAAAGCAAUUGUUCAAAGUGGAUCAGCAUUCAAUGAUUGGGCGAAUCUGAAACAACCUCGGAGAGUCUCCUUGCGAGCAGUAAGAAACGUUGGCUGUAAAAGCAAAAUCGAGAUUGAAAAUAUCAAUUGUCUCCGGGAAACUGACGCCACCAAAUUUGUGCGCGAAGGAGUUGCGCUGGAAAAACUCGAAAGAAGGAUCGCUGGAUUUGCUCCAAGUAAAGAACACAAAAACGCCGAGAUUCCGUUCCUGAAUAAAGACCCAGAGCAACUGCCUGUGGCGGACGUACCAAUUAUGGCGGGCAUGACAACUCACGAGGGGAUGGUCCUGUUUUGGAACAAACGACCUCUGCGAAUAAAAGACGAGAUGGGCAAAAACAAGGACUACUACAUGCCGAAAAAGCUUAAACUUGUAAAAGACUCUGUGGAGUUUUACCAAGUUUGGACUGAAGUAAUGAAAUUCUAUAAAAACUUGAGCAGAGAUUAUUUUGAACGAUAUAUAAUGCUUGCUUCAGACGUCCACUUUGGAAUUGGAGUGGACCAAAUGAUAACGAGUUUAGUUACGAAUGAACGGAAGAGCCCACUUUACUUGUAUCAGUUUUCUUAUGAUGGUUCACGGGGAAUAAAUAAAUUGUUGACAAGGAUUAAAAGACCUGGUGCGUGUCACGGCGAUGAGUUGGGCUAUUUGUUCAACCACAAAGUUUUGAAUAUCUUUAAACCUAUCAGUAAACAAGACCUUCGAACGAUUAACAUUAUGACAACAAUGUGGACCAACUUUGCAAAAAUAGGGAAUCCUACGCCUACAAAUAACCUUAAAGCUCAAUGGCUACCACUGCAAGUUGGAGCACCAACGCAAAUUUUGGAAAUUGGCAAAGAAUUGAUAAUGCGCAACCAAAGUUUUGACGCAAGAAGGAUGCAAUUUUGGUCUUGGCUUAUGAAGAAAAUUCCAUAAAUUAAGAACGCCGCCUCUAAUUUGAAAAAAAAAUAUUUAUUAAUGUACAUACCUAUUUAUGUCAAGUACAAAAGCAACAAAACAUUAAUUAUCAUAUAUUUGAAAUUUUUUAAUAUAAUUCAAAGAAACAAACAGCUUUACCAGUGUUGGUUAUGAUCUGAGAGACCUGUUUCGUGAGCAAACGCGGUGCUCGCAGAUUUACUAAAAGAUUGUAUUAUUUAGCAAGCAACACAUUUGCUCAUGAAAUUUUAUAGGUUCCUAGACCGUGACCCAGCACACUGCGAGAGAAGAUUACUUUAUUUUUCUUCAUAAAAAGCGAUUUUCAAUGAGGAGAGCCCCUCCACAAACGUCUCCUAGAAAGCAAUCUUUUUCACUCGAGCCAAACGUUGGAUUAAUUUCCAUUUUUGGAUGUAGCAGGAAAGUGAUUUGAAUUGUAAAAAAUGCCCUGCUCGAUUAUGUUGCAUGUUUUAUUAUUUUCAACACCAAGUUUCAUCAUUCAAACACUUUCCUUGAAACCACCGACACAAUAGCACACUCCUAUCAGACAUAUUUCUGGCUAAUUCCUCGCCAAUUCCCAGCCUUGCGUCUUCCUGGGUCUAGUAAAAGGAGGAAAAUUGUUAAGUUAAUUUCAAUCUCAAUCAAAUCUUUUCUUCUUGCCAUUUUGGGUGGAAAAAUUCUCCUCGCUUUAAACUUGUUCAGAUGUUCUCUGUAAGCCAUUUUUACGUCCAAAGCAAAAUCCUGACUCAUGCAAGUGGAACAAAGUUGACAAUCAUAGCUGCUGCAGUUUGUACAUUGUAAACAUAUUUCAGGGAAAACCAUAAUAUUUCUGUCUGCAACAAUCAUAUCUUUCAAAUCCUGCCGCCUAUAUUUUGAAGAAAUUUUAAAAAUUCAAAUUAUGAUCAAAUUAAACGCACUUAUGAAACGGAGGGUGUAAAUAAGUGGAGAUGCCGACCAGAGAAAAAAGUGUCUGCAGCACUUGUUCAUAAAUAAUUGCAUUUUGUUUGUACUUCAUCGAGGAAAGAUUCGGAGACAUGUUUGCCUUUAAAUAUCUUCAUUAUUUGGAUAAGAUUGAAUUGAUUUAUUUUACCUCGAGGGCGUGCAGAUUGAAAUUGUCAUCAAGGAAGAAAUCAAAACGAAUAAGCUCAAAAAAGUUUCGGUAGUUUCUGUACUUUGAUAAUUCAAAAAUCAUAUAUUUUUCACGUGCCAUGUAUGAUGAUACUAUAGCUUUGUCAACUUGCUCCCAAACAGCUCUAGGAUCUGCACCUAAAUUUCGUGACAAAUAUUAAAAAUGAAAACUUAAUUUUCUACAUAUUUAUAUUUCAAAAUUAAAUAUUUUAACUCCUACAAUUUCUUUAUUAAUAGCAAAAAUUUUCCAAAAAUAAAUACAAGCAAUGAAAACUAUUUUGGAAAUAAAAGGAAAUUAACGUACCAACUGAUUCUAUAGUGGCUUCAAAAGAUUCUUGAAUUGAGAAGGAAAGUUUCAAAUAUUUCUUCAUUUCAACUGAUUCCCAGUAUUGCAAACAGUCAUCAGAAAUAACAUAUUGAGACAAAUUAUUUGCAUCCAACGGGUAGUAUGGAUAUCUUGAGUACCUGUUGCGAAUUUUGAAGGACAUAAAUUAUUUACUCCUUAUUAUAAAAAGGUGUUUAACUACCGUAUAAUCAUGUCUCCUUGGAUUCGGUAUAAUCUUAAUGGGUAAAUUGAUGUGACCACAACAAAAAUUCCAAAUUCAAAUUUCCUUCCAUCAAUAAGUAAUGGGUUGGGAAUAAAUUCUUGGACAAAAGAUUCACUUGACUCCAGAUUGAUCUUAUUAGACGGCACCAAUUUUAUGGAUCGAUGCCGAUUGUCUUUUACGAGAA